AUGGCAAACACAGCACUCUUCUACCCACCCUGGACGGUGGUCAAGAACCGUGAAUCGACCACCACUGAUUUUGAUGACACGGACUUCGAAGUCAGUGACACUGAGGAAGAAUCUCCUCGUGUGAGUAUGGGCUCGUUAGGCUACGAUAGCAACUCCUCAAUUUCCACUCCGGACCCGCCAACUCCCGACGACGCCCCAAAGCACCCUUAUACCUUUCACGAUGACAAGUCCGUUCAAGGACCCAGUGGCCCUCAUCUGUUCAGAAACUCGAUUUCUUCGGGCUCCGUAGCCUCGACAGAAAUCGAUCUCUACUUCGAGAGGUCGCCCGUUCAAUCUCAGUUCACUCGCUCAACUGCGGCGACUCCAAACACCGGAACCCAAUUUGCUGUGUCUAGCACCGCGUCUCAGUUCCCUCAGUCCAGCACUGGAUCACAGUUCCCCCAAUCCAGCACCGGAUCCCAGUUUCCUCAAUCCGAUACGGAGACCACCAGCACCAGAUAUGCGUUCUCCCCAUGCACACCCCAGGCAUAUGCAACGGUGCAUCCCGACGUGUCGCAGGUGGAGGAGGCGGAGAUCCGAAAGUGGUCUCCCAGCCAGGUAGCGCACUGGAUGCACAUCGCUGGCUAUGAUGGCACCGUGAUUGACCAAUUUCUCAUCAAUGAUAUUACAGGCUCUGUUCUUCUGAGCCUUCAGAUUGAUGACCUGAAAGAGCUUGGAAUCCAAUCUUUUGGCAAGCGUCAUCAGAUCAUGACCUCGAUCGAUCACCUGCGCAACACCAUGAUGAAAACCAAGCGCCCUGAAAGCCGCUCUCCUAGUCGCCGCUCUUACGCCAUGUCAGUGUCGCCGACUGGAGAGGUCAUCUCCCGGGGUUUCAAAAGUGAUGGGAGCCAAGUGACUCCGGGAGAGUCCGUCUCGAUCGUUGGCAUCGAACAGGUCCUCCCCAAGCCUCACAACUGCUCCAAGGGAGAGAACUGUCCAAAGUUCCGACGACGCCAGCGCCAGCUGGAGAAGCUCGCGGCCGAGUUUCCCAACGCCGUUUGGCUCCCAGGGGGUACUAUCAUUACCGGAAACCCCGGGAACCCGGCCACAGCACAGAAUAUGCUGCGGCCGACAUCAGAAGCCGAGCCUUCCGUCGUCGCCUCAUCAGACGUCCUUGGACCCGCUCAGCAGACCCCUCGGCUCUGUGAGGAGGCUCUGAAUGAAGUGAAGAAGGUCGAUCGGCAGGAGAGCGUGCGCCAGUUCCUCAACUAUCAGCAUGUCGAAUCUCCUUCAUCCGACUCGGAACUUCCGACGGAGCCUUCCUCCAAACCGGUCAUCUCUAUUAGCCCUCCUGCGCAGAACCCAAUGCCAGUCUUGUCUCCGCCAGACACGCGCCCCAACCACAUGGCGGCAAACCUUCGCAAUCUCCCCAAACUGACCAUCCCCACGGAUUCGGAUUCCGACGACCCAACUACGGCUACGGCUCAGCGGACAAUCACCCCAUCCAUGGUGAACCAGAUCUACGGUUCUCCAACCACUGUCCAGCAGUACGGACCAUUCACCUCGGCAAGAUACAUGGGGUCCGAUGACUACUAUCGCCAGGGAACUCCAUUCUCCGAGAUGGAUGUUCCCGUAACAGCGAUACCCGAUGGACCGGUGGCCCGCGAGACCUCUCAGUCGGUCCCGCCAGACAUGCGCUACGGCAACCUCAUGCAAGCUCGUUAUCAAGAGCCCGUGAUGCGUAGCGCUUCGACCCGACCUCGGGCGGCGUCGACCCUCCGUCGAGUCAAAGAAGGCCGACCCCUCACCCCUAUUGAAGACCCUGCUGAUCUGCAGGGCACCCCCCGCAUUGGUUUCCACAACCAGGGCUCUUCUUGCUCGUCCCUGUCGUCGGACCCUGACGUAACCCGGAGCGGAUACAUGAAGAAGCGAAAGCAGACGCGCUUCCUUCGCCACGAGUGGCAGGAUGCUCACUUCACUCUGCGUGGAACCAACCUUGCGAUGCACAAGGAUGAGCUCGCGGCGCUCCGCCGUUCCAAGGCCUUGGAAGAGAUUGACGUUGACGACUACGCCGUCGCGUGUUCCUCUCUGGCGUCUAGCUCUAAGCUCACGGCGGCCUUGAAGAAGUCCAUCCUCCGGAACAACCACAAUAUCAGCAAGGAUGAUGCGGCAUUCGCUUUCUCCCUGAUUCCCUCCGCUAAGGAGGACAAGAAGAUGAUCUUUAGCCACAAUGGAGCUAAGAGCCACCACUUUGCUGUCAAAACCCGUGACGAGCGUAUUGACUGGAUGCGCGAGUUGAUGCUCGCCAAAGCUCUCCGGAAGGGUAAAGAAGGCGGCGCUGAAGUCCAGGUCAAUGGAAACUUCAUCUGA